UUGGGCAUUAUCCCACUACACCCGUUUAUGAAAAACGCCCCAUAAUCCCCAUUGCUGAGUGGGCUAUCACAUGGCGCAAAACGCCCAAGGGUGGGGGCAUUAUUUGGGUCUUCCCCUACACAUGGUCGAACUUAGAUCUUGAUAUUUUAGUGAUAUUCUUUUGGAAAGGCUAAUAAUUUAGUGAUAUAAUCGGUUGCCCAGAAAAAUAGGGAUUCACGAAUUUUUAAAAAAAUAGGGAUUAAUUAGCAAUCAUCAGCGCUCUAAAUACUUAGGAAGUAGAAGCGCAUUCAAUGCGCUUCGCCCAGAAAAAUCACCUAGGUGCCAAAGUCGACCGCUUUUGAUAACUAUGAUUUCAACGAGCUUUGUAUUUUUCAUAGCACUAUAUAGCAGUAACUUAUAUAGAAAAGAAAAGAUUGCUAUCCCAUCACCUAUAUGGUAAAAAGCUAGUUGUUUAAUGUAUAGAAAUCAUGAAGGUUUGAGUCUAAAUAAUACGUGGCAAAGUGGGUGGGCCGAAUGGGUUCGGGUCAUGAUGGGCUUGGGUCGAAACGAAGUAUUUUUUAAAAACUAAUCAUUGGUUCAGAUGAGAACAUGUUUGACAAAAAUGGAUAUGAGUUGCAGCAAGAUUGUCUUACAAAACCAUAAUGAAUUUAAAGAUAGCAAAGAUUACUUAUUUGAAAUCGAAAAACUUAAAUAUUAGAAACCUUACAUAUAUGAAAGAAGUUUAAAGCAUUGUCCAUUCUGCAUUUGGGGCUAGUUAUUAUGUAAUAAUCAGAUUAAUUGCUUGAAUACUUUAUUAUGUAAUAAUUAAAUCCGCUUUUACUUCCCUUAAAUAAACCUUUUCAAAUGCUUUUUUUUUACAUAGCAAGUGCCUUUACUUGAUUAGUUAGUUUUUACCUUUAUCAGUUGCUUAACGAUCUUUGCUCUUUCUUAAUUUGCUUAUACUAGAGUGUGAGUACGAUCUAUUUGGGCAUGAUAGUUACAUGUACUUAAAUUGUGAUGAUUUUGAAGCGGUUUUUACAUUCACCAAGCUGACCGAUGUUGUCAUCACUUCUUAUAUAAUGUUCCUGUAUGAGCAAAUUAAAAAAGAGCAAAUACAUGAUUGUGGAAUAUGUUUUAUGAACCCGUCUGCAAUUUCACGGGCUGAUCAACGCAAACCCAAACACAUCGAGGAUGCAAGUAGAGCGGUUGCAGAUCGAUUGUAUAAAAGAAAUGGCAAUGACAUCAUCCUAUUGCCCUACAACCCCGGGAAACCAUUGGGUGUUGGCAGUACUAAACCUGAAAACAACUACUUGCUAUUAUCUUGAUUCCUUACAGCCUAGAAGUGUCGAUGAGCAGUUGAGGCAAAUUAUUGAUACGGCAAUGGCCGUGUAUGCUUCAGAAAGUGGUGCCAACAUAAGGGUUAAACUCGUAUGGAUUAACGCUAGGUGUCCACGUCAGCCAGGAGGCACUGAAUGCGGCUACUAUGUGAUGAAGUUCAUGAAGGAGAUAGCUUACGAAGGAGUUGAAAUACUUGACAAUGAUAAUGUUGGGAAAGGAGUAGAAGAAUACUCGGCUGCGGAUAUGGAUGGCAUUCGUGAGGAUUGGUCGACUUAUGCGGUUAACUCUAUUUUUAAGUUAUAAACCGUAUUUUAGGUGUUGAUAAUGUAUUGACAAACAAUUCUUUUUUUGUUAACGUUAAAAUAUUUGUAGUAUACUUGACAAAUGAUUAUGUAAUGGAUUGUUUUGGUAUAUA